GCAGUUCGAAGUCACUCUCAACACCACGGGCUGGACUUUGAUGCUACUGUAGGCCUCCUAGAGCGAAAUUUAUGGCUCUCACCUGCUCAGCGUGACAGGAAGCGGCUCCUCCCCAAAGGCCCCACCCUCUGUGGCCAAGCGAUUCCAGGAAACCCCAUUUCCAAGUGACCUCAUGGUGCAAUACGCUGCUCCCCACCCCUGGGACAGAAGGCAACCGGAGUGGAGAGCUAGGUCUCCUGCCUGCCACUGGGAAACGCUGGGUAGUCAAGACGUCCUGGAGUUUGGACCUGCUUAGCUGCUGGGUGGUGGCCCAGGGUUCUGGGCGUGCCUGAGGCAGAGCAGGUAACUUUGCUGAGCUGACAUUCCUGCCUUUCGUUCAGCCUCGGAUUCCUUUGCCUCUGUGACAGUGACGCACUUACAAGUGACUCAGUUUCAGGGAAAGGAAAUUGGAGUGGACAGAAGCUGAAGACUGUGUUGACGGGCAGGGAAAGGCACGGUGAUGCCCUCGACCAGGUCCCUGCGGGGACUCCAGCACGUAGUCUGUCCUGCCUGCUCCCGGCCCCUGAAGGAUGCGGUGACCAUAGCAUGCGGACACUCUGUCUGCCUACCUUGCCUCCCGCGCACCCCGAUGGGGGCCCAGCUACUGUGCCCGCUCUGUCAGGAGGAAGAAGAGGAGCAAACCCAGGCCGCAGUGACUCCAGUGCCCCUGGGUGCCCUAGGCGAGACCUGCUGCGAGGAUCACGGAGAGAAAAUCUAUUUCUUCUGCGAGACCGACGCGGAGCUGCUCUGCGUGUUCUGCCGGGAGAGCCCCGCCCACCAGGCGCACACCGUGGGGUUCCUGGACGAAGCCAUCCAACCCUACAGGGAUCGUCUCAGGAGUCGGCUAGAAGCUCUGAGGACGGAGCGGGACAAGAUAGAGGACAGGAAAUGUGAGGAAGAUCAGAAGCUCCGAGAGCUCCUGACGCAGAUUGAAGGCAAGAAGCAGCAGGUAGAAGCCACGUUUGAAAGGCUGAAGCAGGAGCUUGGGGACCAGAGGCACCUCCUGAUGACCAGGCUGGAGGGGCUAGAACAGCAGAUCUGGAAGGAGAGAGACGAGUACAUCACAAAGGUCUCUCAGGAGGUCCACCGCCUGGGUGCCCAGGUUGAAGAGCUGGAGGAGAAGUGUCAGCGACCAGCAAGUGAGCUUCUGCAAGAUGUCAGACUCAACCAGAGCAAGUAUGAGACAAAGACUUUUGUGAGUCCAGAGGCCAUUUCCUCUGAUCUUGCUAAGAAGAUCCGAAACCUCCACAGGAAAAUACUUGGCCUCCCAAAGAUGAUGAGGACAUUCUCAGAAAACUUGACGCACCAUUUGGAAACAGAUUCAGGUAAUCAGCAAGGGCUGGGGAGGGGGCUCCACCCCACUUGUCCAUCGCACCCACGGCCACACACAGCAAUGAAAUGUGCUCACUGGACCCUGACUGCUUGGGGUCUCGGGACUAUUAAGCCUUUUCUCUCCACCAUAAAAUGUAAACAAUAACAAUCUACACUAGGAAUCCAUAUGAGGAUUAAAUAAAUUAAUGUGUACAGAGCUCAGCACAGUACUGGACACAGUGACUGAUGAAUGUUGUCAGUUACCUACAUAGUCGUCCAAAACACGUACUAAGCCCCAAGUUUUGCCUAGAAUUAUGCUACAAUCGCUGUAAAUUUGAACUAAUAUUGUAUAUUUUUUAAAAAAAAAACUAGCAUUUUGCUGGGGGUGGUGGCACACGGCUAUAAUCCCAGAA